AGAAUGCUCCGCUGGUAAAGAGAUUUCAAAGAAGUGCAUAGAUUAUUAAAGAUAUGUCACAGAUUAAGCUGCUCCUGCAGACUUGUGGGUGUUUCUAUCUGAAAAUGCUUCUUUCCUUCUUUACAAAAGGGAAAGCUCAGAGAAAGACUGAGACUUUGAACAGACGGAAACAUUAACUCUAGUCACGCCUUGUCUUCUUUUGUGAGGCGGGCAGAUUGAGCUCUGUCAGACUCCGUCAGGUCUCUGCUUCAGCCAUGGUGCAGGGCGCACAGAAGGGCAGUCAUCUGACGCUGGUGCUCAUGGUUGCUUCUGCAGCCGUUGGAGGAACUCUGCAGUAUGGCUACAACCUGGCCAUAAUGAACGCUCCCACUGCUUUUAUUCAAACGUUCAUCAAUGAAACAUUUCUGGAGCGCUGGGACAUCCAGUUGGAAGAUUACCAGGUGACAGUGGUGUGGACAAUCAUUGUUUCCAUCUUCUCCUUGGGAGGCUUUACUGGAGCUUUGAUUGCUGGACCCAUGACCAUACACUAUGGAAGGAAGAAAUGUUUGCUGCUGAACAACCUUUUUCUCAUGUCGGCGGCUCUCUUGGCACUGACUAGUAGAGCCGCCAAGUCCUUUGAGAUGAUCAUCCUCUCUCGCGUUCUGACUGGCAUAAAUGCAGGGAUCAGCAUGAAUGUACAGCCCAUGUACUUUGGAGAGAGUGCCCCAAAGCGCUUCAGAGGGGCCGCCUCCCUGUCCUCCGCCGUCUUCACAGCGUUUGGUGUUGUGCUGGGUCAGGUGGUUGGGCUCAGAGAGGUUUUGGGUGGUGAGUCAUGCUGGCAGUAUCUUCUCGCCAGUAACGCCAUCCCCGGCUUCAUUCAGCUUCUCACCCUGCCGUGGUUUCCGGAGAGCCCCAGAUACCUGCUCAUUGACAGAGGCGACGAGAAGGCUUGUAUCGAUGCUCUGAGGCGGCUGCGAGGCUGCGAGGUCCACAGCAGUGAGCUCGAUGAGAUCCUGCAGGAACAGGCGGAAAUCCGAGGAAUGAAGCCGAGCCGGCCGUGGGAGCUGCUCAGCGACCGCUCCGUACGCUGGCAGCUCAUCUCUGUCAUCGUCAUCAGCAGUGCCAUGCAGCUCUGCGGCAAUGAUUCGAUUUACUUCUAUGCAUCAUACGUGUUUAAGGAGGCUGGAAUAUCAGAGGAUCAAAUCCAGUAUGCGACAAUCGGAACUGGGACGUGUGAACUCACAGCAACUAUAAUGUGUAACCUGCUGAUUGAACGUAAAGGUCGGAGGUUCAUGUUGAUGGGAGGCUUCAUCCUCAUGACGGUUUGGGCCGUCAUCUUCACAGUUGCUCUCUCGUUUCAGAGCUCUUUUUCCUGGAUGCCUUACCUGAAUAUGACCUGCAUCUUCAGCUACAUUCUCAGCUUUGGAAUGGGACCGGCUGGAGUAACCGGGAUUCUUCCCACAGAGAUCUUCAAGCAGACGGCUCGGCCGGCGGCCUACAUGAUCGCCGGCUCCAUGAUGUGGCUCAACCUGUUCUUCGUUGGAAUGAUAUUUCCAUUCAUCAUGAGCGGCCUGAGCGAGUUCUGCCUGGUGCCUUUCGGAGCCACCUGCCUCUCGUCUGCGCUCUUCGUGGGAUUCUUCCUGCCGGAGACGAAGGGGAAGUCUCUGUCUGCCAUCACCAGGGAAUUCCAAAAGCUCAACUUCAGAGACGGAGGUUUCCAACCGCAGCAUCAGUCUCAGUCCUACCGGGGCAAGGAGUGCCUUUCAACGGCCUUGUAGACCACCUCCUUCUGUAGAUCACCUCCGCUUUGACCUCAUCUUCAUCUGACGAUGAAGGACUGUGGGACCAGAAAAAGCUGAAUUGAAAACAUAGCCCCCCCCAAUGACUUCAAAGGCCUUCCAGCACCUUUGUGACUAAAAACGAACAAUCAAACUAAUCUUCUUUGGUUUCUUGUUCUAUAAAUCCAGUAUUGAACCAAA